AUGGCGGAUCAGUGGAUCGCGGACGUCAAACACGGUUACUUGAAAGGGAAGUACUGUGGUAAAAAGUGGACAACAUACAACUACUUCAAUAUUGUAUUGCAGCAAGCAAUACUGUGUAUCUGUGGGUCGUUGUCCACGGCGUUUCUGGUGACGCACUACAUCUGUGCAGACGACUUGGUGGAAGUUCGCGCCAAAUUGAUGAGUAUCUCUUUCGUCAUGUGCGGAAUAUCGACGAUUCUGCAGGACACGCUGGGAAUUAGGUUGCCCAUCAUUCAAGGAUCGUCGCACACGUUCAUACCACCGAUUAUAGCCAUGAUGGCUCUCGAAAAAUGGCGCUGUCCAUCGGGGUUUAAUCCGGAGGCGACCAACACAACUCAACCCUGGGAGAUCAGGAUGCGAGAGAUUCAAGGCAACCUAAUGCUAGCUUCUCUAACACAAGUCAUCAUCGGGCUUACCGGACUGGUUGGGUUUAUACUUCGCUUCAUCGGUCCUCUGACGAUCGCGCCAACGAUCGCCCUGGUCGGACUCUCUCUCUCAGGGGUUGUCGUCAGGUUCAGCGAAUCACACUGGGGAAUUGCCAUGCUGACUGUCGCUCUGAUAUUGCUGUUUUGUCUGUUUCUGUCAGCUAUUAAAAUUCCGAUGCCCGCCUUUAACAGGUUAAAAGGCUGUCACGUGAGCAGAUACCCUCUGUUUCAAGUAGCACCGAUAUUGCUAGGAGUCGGUAUAUCCUGGUUGCUUUGCUAUAUCCUGACCGAGACGGAUGUCUUCCCCUCUAACUCUACGUUACCGGCAUACAGAGCCAGGACGGAUGUUAGUAUGGAUGUCGUUAACAACGCGCCGUGGUUCUACUUCCCAUAUCCACUUCAGUUUGGAAUACCAACGGUCAGUGCGGCCGGUUUCAUUGGGUUGCUGGCAGCAUCGAUUUCAUCGGUAAUCGAAUCAAUCGGCGAUUACUACGCAUGUGCCAGACUGUCUGAAGCGCCCCCGCCUCCGGCUCAUGCGAUCAACAGAGGCAUCGCAAUCGAGGGCUUCUCCAGCAUCAUUUCCGGUCUGGUGGGGGCCGGGAACGCAACGACAUCCUACAGCGGGAAUAUCGGAGAAAUAGCCGUAACAAAGGUUGCAAGCAGACGUGUGUUUCAGUGUGUUGGUGUGAUACUGAUUCUUUGCGGGAUUAUAGGCAAAUUUGGCGCCGUGCUCACGUUAAUACCAGACCCCGUGAUUGGUGGAUUAAAUUUGUUAUUUGGGUUGAUCACCGCUAUUGGAAUGUCAACGUUACGGUAUUGCGAUCUUUCAUCGUUACGGAAUCUCACGAUCAUUGGCGUGUCUUUUAUGUUCGGAAUAGCUGUCCCGCAGUAUAUACAGAGCAACCCAGAUGCGAUAGAUACAGGGAGCAGGGAGUUGGACCAAGUGUUGAAUAUCUUACUAGGAACUGCAAUGCUCGUGGGUGGAAUCGUUGGGUGUAUCCUUGAUAACAUUGCACCUGGAAGCCGAGAGGAGAGGGGAAUGCUUUCUUGGCGCAGUCAGUCAGAAAAACACGUGGACUCCAAAACCAACCAACAAGCGUUGAUACAGAUAUACGACUUGCCUUAUGUUUCCAAACUAAUACGACAAAUCGGGUGUUGUCGGUAUGUUCCGAUCAUGCCCGGAUCUUCUGCCGACUUUUGUUGUUCCUCAAAGAGAGAGCCACAAUAUGACCCAAGUGUGGUUCCUGAAGAACUGGAGACGGACAUUGACCUGUUAUCAAAGAAUGGUCAUCUGACCUUAUGAAU